CAUCCACCUUAGACAUUUUACCAUUGUUGGCGCCAGCCAUCUCAUUUUUAAAUAUACUUUGUUUUGGAUUAUUGUAAUCCCUAAUCCUACUCCCACGCUCCUUGCAAACCCAGUCCUGUUCUACUCCUAUGAUAGAAAGGUCCUCACGUCUCUCUUUUCUCAUGCUUUUUCUCCCGUAUUAAUAAAAAAGUCUUUAAUCAUGAAAAACCCUCUGUGCUGCUGCAUCGAUCUCUUCCACCUGAAUCAUCGGAUAUUCUGCGACGAAGUCAGAGGAAUCGGGCCCGAGCUCCCUACGCUUCUUGCAGCCGGCAUCUGAAGGAAGGUGAAACCGAUGAAGAAUACAUUAGAGCUGUUAUCGAAAAAUGGAGCUACAUACAAAAAUGCUUUUACGACUACGCCGAUUUGCUGUCCAAGUCGUGCAUCUUUAUUAACCGGCUUAUACCAACACAAUCACCAAGUCAAAAACAACACUUUAGAUGGAAAUUGCAGCAGCAAAGAAUGGCAGACACAUUUCGAGGGGAAUACUUUUGCCACAUACUUGAAAGAAAUAGGCUAUAAUACUUUUUAUGGAGGAAAAUACUUAAAUCAGUAUGGUCAUGUCAAAGCAGGUGGCCCAGAGCACAUUCCUAAAGGAUGGGACACUUGGAUCGGUUUAGUAGGAAAUUCAAAGUAUUAUAAUUAUAGACUGUCCAUUAAUGGCAAGACAAAAUUUAUGAAUAACGAAUACUUGACAAAUGUGCUUGAAAAAUAUGCACUCAACUUUCUUUCAAAUGUUAAUCAUUCCAGUCCAUUUUUGAUGAUGGUUGCCCCGCCUGCACCACAUGCUCCUUUUACUCCUGAACCAAAAUAUAAUGGUUCAUUCUUAAAUGAAAAAAUUCCAAGAGAGCCUCACUUUAAUUAUGGACAUAAUCAGGAUAAACAUUGGUUUAUGAGAAUGAAGCCAGCACCUUUGCCUUCAGACAUCAUAAGAGAUUGUGAUCAUAAAUUUUCAGAAAGAUGGGAAACCCUUUUAUCUGUUGAUGACCUUGUAAAAUCGAUUGUUGACAAAUUAAGCGAUAUCGGCCAAUUGAACAACACAUACAUAUUUUAUACAUCUGACAAUGGUUUCCACCUUGGGCAGUUCAGCAUGCCUUGGGACAAGAGGCAAUUUUAUGAGUUCGACAUUAGAAUACCUUUCAUUGUUAGAGGUCCAGGUAUAGAUAAAAACAUCACUGUUACAAAACCAACUCUGCUUAUCGAUGUCGCUCCAACAAUACUGAACUUGGCUGGUUUGAAUGGAGCCAGCAUGGAUGGAAUACCAUUUUUACCCAUAAUUAAGGAUUCGAAACAACCCAGUCUGAAUGAUGAUAGGUCAUUUUUAAUCGAGUAUCAGGGAGAGAGGAGUUUGGCACAAAAUGUAGAAUGUCCCAAUCUAGAUGUUGGUGUUUCAGAAUGCUUCAAAGAGGUUCAAUGCAAAUGUCAAGAUGCUGCAAACAAUACUUACAAUUGCAUUCGUUCAUUUGGACAAAACAGUGACACCGUUUACUGUCAAUUUUUUGACAAUGAGAACUUCGAAGAAGCCUAUGAUUUGCUGAAAGAUCCUUAUCAGCUGAAGAAUGCCGUUGCGAGUAUUCCUGAACAUGAAAAAUUACAGCUAAAGUACAAACUGAACUAUCUGAAGUAUUGUAGACACUCACAGUGUAAUGAUAUGAAUUUUGGAAUGAAUCCUGUUACUAUAAUUAACAAAUGAACAAAAUAUAAAUUGUAAAAUUACUUAAUCAACAUUAUAUAUGUCAAAUAAAUAUGAAAUGUUUAUAUAA